AUGGACAAGGGCAAAGAAAGAGGCAUUUUGAAGUUGGAACCAAAAACAUGGGAGCGAAGCGAGCUGACACCUCAGAUUUGGUCGCAGUGGACACAGAAGGUCAAAUCUAAGUACAGAAAAUACAGAGAUCAAACGGAGGGCACUGGUGGAGGUCCUGCAUUAGUCCGCCCACUGACAGACACAGAACUUAAGGUUUUGGAGGUCGUAGGAACAGCUGCAGUGGAUGGAUUUACCAAUCUGGAGACUCCACUAGUUGGUUCUGUUGAAAUUUCAACACCGGCACCAGUUGAUGAACAACCACCAGUUGCUGCCCAGCUGCCAAUUGCUAUCCAGCCAUCAGUCGCUGACCACCCACCAGGUGCUGUCCAGCCACCAAUUGCUGUCCAGCCAUCAUCUGCUGCUGUUCAACCUCCAUCAUCUUCAGCCCAAUUGCGGAGUUCUCAUAGGCCAGAACGUACUCUUCCUCGCUCAUUUAUUACCUCGUCGCAACGACGACAGCGGAAAAGACCUUCGCGGCCCAAACCAGCAGAAUUACUGCAAGGGUCAUUAGACCGGAAUCAUGAAUUAUUCCGGUCUACAAUAACACAGGCAGCAGAGACCUUAGCCACUGCCAUCAGAGUAGCAGGGGAGGCCAUUUCCUCGGCUAUUAGGAACCAUGGUGGUUUACAGAACAAUGAUGGUGGUGGGCAGUCGGUAGAAUAUUUAGACGAAGAUCUAUUAGAGUAACAGUAAGAGCCAUCCAAUUUGUUGUUUCUUUAGUAAGUUAGCGAUAUUUAUUGUUAUUUUUUGUAUGAAAAUAUUUGACCCCUCCCCUUAUUCGGGCUUCUCUUCGCUCCAACUUUUCAUACAAACAUAGUUCUUAUUUGAAGACGAGCCAACAAGUCAUUAAAUGUUUGUACACAUAUUUCUAAAGGGAAUAUUCCUUUGCUUUGCUAGCUUUUGCUAAAAUUGGAGGUUGUCAAUCUACAUAUCUAAGCUUAAUGAUUUUUGUUCAAAAUGUAUUCUCCGUUUAGUUUGAAACAACAUAUCUUUACAAAAUUUUGACAAACCACAUGUACUCGUUUUUAGAAUAUAUCUACAAAUCUUUAUUGACUUUGAUGGUCUGUUUUCAAUUGAGAACGACGUACUUUUACGUUCGUAUGUAAAGUGAAGCGGAAAACUAGCGUUUACUUGCAAAACUAGUGACAUUUUGAUUUACCAACAACAAGCGGAAUAGAGUUGCAAUUUUGCAAGUACGGUCGACCAAAUUGAUUUCUGGGCCACUUCGUACCUUGUCACAGUGAAAAUCAAUUUGAAGCUGUUAGAGAUCUCUUAUUAUUAUCACUGUGACAACGUACGAAGUGGCCCAGAAAUCAAAUUUAUCUAUUUAAAUUGUUAUGUUUGAAACAUUUUAUCUAUAAAUGAAAAUAGUAGGCCAUUCUAUUUUCUAAAAUCAUUAUAGAUUGCAUGGAGCGGAAUUUUAGUUGUCAGUUUGGGGUUCUUAGGAGGUAAACAACCUAAGAGUACCCGACCCUGAGAGGUCAGCUUGACCCCUAAAUUCAUGAUGUAAGCUUGAAAAGCACAGAGCGCGGCACAGCGUCGUUGCGUGGCGGAGACGGUUUUUUGGUGAAGCCAACGCGGUCCGGGGGACGUCCUAUCAAAAAAUGAAGCAGUAAUGACAGUCGAUAGUUUCGGAAAGAUCAAAAAUGCAAAACCGCCUCCGCGCCGCACCGUGCCGCGCCUGCUCUGUGCGUUUCGACCUGUAGGCUGCAGUAAUGAUUUGUUAAUACUUAGUAAUUUUAUUUUGUAUAUUGAUAAUUUGUUUUAUUUGUAAGGAAGCGAUAUUUCAUUUUAAUUUUAUUGUAAUCUUUUCUUUUCAACGCUCUGUCAAAUACAAAU